UUGAUGCUAAUGGUAUCUUGAAUGUUUCCGCUUUGGAAAAAGGUACUGGUAAGACUCAAAAGAUUACAAUUACCAACGAUAAAGGAAGAUUAUCCAAAGACGAAAUCGAAAGGAUGGUUAACGAAGCUGAGAAAUAUAAAGAAGAUGACGAGAAGGAAGCUGCUAGAGUUCAGGCCAAGAAUGGAUUGGAAUCUUAUGCUUAUUCAUUAAAGAAUACUAUCAACGAUGGUGAGUUGAAAGAUAAGAUUUCUGCAGAAGAUAAGGAGAAACUAUCGAAAGCAAUUGACGAAACCACUUCUUGGUUGGAUAGCUCGCACUCUGCAUCAACUGAAGAAUACACAGACAAACAAAAAGAAUUGGAGUCUGUUGCAAACCCAAUCAUCAGUGGUGCUUAUGCUGCAAGUGGUGGUGCUGGUGCUGGUGCUGGUGGUAUGCCCGGUGCUGGAGGUUUCCCUGGUGGAGCCCCAGGCGGUGGAUCAGCCCCAGGCGGUGCUUCAUCUAGUGGCCCAACUGUGGAAGAAGUUGAUUAG